CUGUCUCUUGCUUCUGUUUCAAACCAACCCAAAUAAAGUAGUAACCAUUAAAUCCCUAAUAAAUUACUAUCAUAUCACCUAUCAAAAUUCUAACUUUAAUAUUUUUCCGUUUUUUUAUUUUAUUUUUCCAACUUGUUUCAUCCUCACAAUAAAUCUUACCAAUCUUGUGUAUAACAAAAUGAACAAAGCAACCUCUUCUGUAUCUUUCAAACUUCCCUCACACUCAGAUUUUCUUAUACCCUUUGCUUCAGAUAAAUAUUCUCACAUGAUCUUUAUGCUGUAUUGUGAGCAGAGUUGAGAUGUCUGGAGGAGUAGUUUGAUAUCUUGUGCUGUAAACUUUCAUGAUGGAGUUAAAGGAAAGUUAUGACAUGGAGAAACCACAUUCUACUCAAAAAAUGUUGGAGCAUGAGUUUUGGCCAUUAGAUCCAAUUGAUCCGAAGAACGCAAAAUUUCCAUGCUGUUUGGUUUGGAACCCACUUCCAGUUGUCUCAUGGUUGGCACCCUUCAUUGGUCAUGUUGGCAUUUGCAGGGAGGAUGGAGCUGUUUUAGAUUUUUCAGGAUCAUAUCAUGUGGGUGUGGAUGAUUUUGCAUUUGGUCCAGUAGCAAGAUACAUGAAACUCGAUCGUAGACAGUGUUGCUUCCCUCCUAACCUAUCUGCGCAUACAUGCAAACAUGGUUACCGCCAUGCUGAGUAUGGAACUGCAAUCACAUGGGACGAUGCCCUAUCGACAAGUUUGCGGCAUUUCGAGAGCAAAACUUACAACCUUUUCACAUGCAACUGUCACUCAUUUGUUGCUAAUUGUCUGAAUAGACUGUGUUAUGGUGGAUCAAUGAGUUGGAACAUGGUAAAUAUAGGAAUCUUGAUACUAUUCAAGGGGCAUUGGGUUGAUUUUAGGUCUAUUGUAAGGUCCUUCUUGCCUUUUGUUGUGGUUGUUUGCAUAGGUGUUUUCAUGGUUGGUUGGCCCUUCUUACUUGGGUUACUAUCCUUCUCUUUACUCUUAAUUGGGUGGUUUCUUUUGGGUACUUACCUAGUCAAAAGCCUAUUAGAAUGCUAAAUGUACUCUUGAAUUGAAGGAUGAUCAUGAGUUGUGUUUUGCUUCAACCAAAUAAUGAUAGAUUCAAAUGUCUAUAUUGUUAUUGGAACAAGAAAUAAAUAAAUUUAUGUCAAUUUGUUUUA